GUGGGAAGAAAAAAAGACUCUUAGGCUCAUCCUCCAAUUCCUUUCAUACAAAUGGGCUUUUAUUUUCUUUUUUUCCAGAAAUUCUAAAGUUUCUUCAUGAGAUUUUUCAGAUGGCAUGAUGUAGCCUGAUAUUGGGUCUUCCAGCUCAUUACUGAAUAGAGGACUGCGAUGGGUAAUCCUGAUCUGAAUUGAUGGAUCCAACAGAAGCUAAAUGAACAUGAGAUGCCUGUGUAGGGGAUUUUACCAGCAAUUGUACUAAAUACUUCACUGCUGCACCAGUUGCUCAGGUACCUUGGCUGUCUGUUGCUAUGGGAGAUUGGAAGACUAUUACAGUGCCAGCACUGUCAUCAGCUAGCAAAAUCUCUUAUCAGAAUACCUCAGAAAAGAAGAUGUCCCCCUCAAGUUUAAACAUGCAACAAGUGCUACGCUCGCCACUGCCUUUGUACAAAAGUAUGCACAGCUUUUCCAGUGCCUUCUGCACAGAAGAGAAUGUUGAACAGAGUAUCUCCUAUCUUAACAGGGAGUUGACAACAUUAGGUUUCCCUUCUCUUUAUUCGGAGUGCAAAGAUAAAGAAUUAAAUGUAGUAUCGGUCUUAAAUUGUCUGAAUGAAUUGCUUGUACUCCAACGCAAGAACCUCCGAGCUCAGGAAGAGGUGGAAAUCCAGCAUCUGAAAUUGGGUAGUGAUAUGGACCACCUGCAGAACUGCUAUGCUAAAGUAAAGGAGCAACUGGAAGCUUCUAGAAGGGAAAUAGUGGGACUUCAAGAAAGAGACAGACAACAGCAAUGUAAGAACAGAAAUCUGCACCAGUUACUUAAAAAUGAAAAAGAUGAGGUACAAAAAUUACAAAAUAUUAUUGCAAGUCGUGCUACUCAGUACAAUCAUGAUAUGAAGAGGAAAGAAAGAGAAUACAACAAACUAAAAGAGCGCUUACAUCAACUAGUCAUGAACAAAAAGGAUAAAAAAAUAGCUAUGGAUGUUCUAAAUUACGUAGGUAGAGUUGAUGGGAAGAGAGGUGCUUGGAGAACUGGUAAAACAGAAGCCAGGAAUGAAGAAGAAAUGUACAAAGUUCUGUUAGGUGGCUAUGAACAACGCCAAAAACAACUUCUAGUGGAAAAUGCUGAGCUCAAGAAAGUUCUUCAGCAAAUGAAGAGAGAGAUGAUUUCACUUCUCCCACCACAGAAACAGAAACCUAAGGAAAGAGCUGAAGAUGGCAUUGGGCCUGUACUAUCAGACAUGGAGGAAGAUGCUGUAGAAUUAAAUAAAGAGAAUAUGUGGGAACUUUCUUGUGAAACUGUGCGAGAACAGCUUACCAACAGCAUUAGAAAGCAGUGGAGAAUGCUGAAAAAUCAUGUUGAAAAACUGGAUAACCAAGUGUCACGUGCGCAUUCAGGGGCUUUGAAUGGCAGCGAUGUAAUUUCAAGAGAGGACCAUGAACUGGAAACUGAAAAGCUAGAAUUAGAAAUUCAGCAGUGCAAAGAAAUGAUCAAAACUCAGCAACAACUAUUACAGCAGCAGCUUAUGUCUCCAUGUGAUGAUGAUGAUACCUCUGUGUUACUACAGGACUGUUAUUUGUUGGAAGAAAGAGAGCGCCUCCAGGAAGAAUGGAAACUAUUUAGAGAACAAAAAAAGAACUUUGAGAGAGAGCGAAGAAGUUUUACAGAAGCUGCUAUUAGAUUAGGACUUGAGAGAAAGGCAUUUGAAGAAGAUAGAGGGACUUGGCUGAAGCAACAGUUUUUGAGCAUGACUUCUGAUCACAAGAACUCUGAACAUGUGAAAACUCAAAGUGCCUACUCAGGAAGUUCUGACCCAGACAAUCAGUUAAUGAACUUCAGGUCUCGGCAAAAGAAACCUCACUGUUUGCCUAGUGUACCUCCUUCAGAGGAAUUUUGCCAGACAAUUCAGCAUAUCCCACACAACAGCAAUUCGAGUGUUGUAUUGAAUAAAACUACUGAAGACAGCAAGCCAAAACAAUGGAAGGGACUCAACAAAGCAGAAACUGAAAAAUGCAUCAAGACCUCGGUCACAGAAGAUUUCUAAAAUUCAUGUUCUCUGUUAUGUAGAUAAACUGCCUUAGACUUUCUAGGGUUGUCUGCUGUCUUUUGUUAAAGAAAUGUGUCCAUAAACUUUUCUUUCUAAGGUGAAACAAGGUGUUAUGAGUUUGAUCAUCCUUUCAGUGAGCUAAGAGAUUAAAUGAGUUGCAGUGUGUGGGUGUGACUUUUUUAUUUUUUAAACAAUUUCUUGCCCCUUCUUUGUCUUCAACUUUUGAGAGAGAUUUUUUUUUUAAAUAAAAAGAAAAAGCUUUGGAUAUUCUAGUAACAGGCACUCAGAUUCUGUGAAUAAAGGAAUGUAUGAGAUUUUUUUUUUUUUUUUUUUAUUGUAAAUGAAACACUAGAAUCUUAGUGUUUCUUUUCAUCACAGAUAAAGGUAGCACUUUUAGGACUUGUUUAAUUAUUGUAAAUGUACAUUUAUAUCAAGUAUAGCUAGCAUUGAAUCUUUUGUCUCAACUUGAAUGUACAGUAUAUUGUAGAUUUUUAACAAAGCAGGUUAUAUAUUUAUUAAGUCAUGUGACUUGAAAGUACCUCUUUCAUAGCUUUCCAAUGAUUAAAGUGCAAGAUCUUUAUAUGUUUGUAAAUAGACAGUAUAAAUGAUUCUGCUAAGAUGUCAUGAAAUGAAACAUGCAUCUAUAAUCAUAGUAUUUUACAUGCCAACUUAAGCUGGUUUUAUAGUGAUACUCUGUUUACAGAUGUGUUAGGACUGUAAUUGUUUCAGUCAAGAAUCAAAUUCUUCGAAACAUAAUUGGACAAUAAAUGUGCAAAGUAUAUUCUAAGAAAUGUAUUCGCCUAUGUUAUGUGCAUUCACUUUUUGCAGUCCUGCAUGAUCUUAUUGUAUUAACCAGAUGUAAACAGUCAUGGUCCUACAUCAACAAAUCUGGAUGGUAUGUGUUUCUUUCUAAUGGACUCGAGUUACUUUGGCCUUGAUUUAAGGAAAUCCAUUUUGAUCAUAACUCCAUGAAGUGGUCGUACAUAAGGGAGAUGUCUUAGCAAAAGGGUAGGUAGAGAUAAAAAUAAAAAUUCACAGUGGGGAUGGGAGGGUGGAAGAAGAGAAUAUGACAGAAUUCUGAAACUGUGUAAGAGAUAAAAGGGAUGGGAUUCAACUUGACCUUCAACUUGAGGUACCAACAGCAAAGCAUUUGGUGUCUUCUGUGAUUGCUUUUCAUUUCAUGACCUCACUUCUCCAUUUGGAGCUUCUACAGCUCUUUCAUAUUAAGGUACUUUACUGAGGCAUAUGCCAUAAAUACUGCUACAGAAUCACAACUAUUAUGAUCGCAGAAAAAAUGUUUUCUGAGUUAACUGAUUUAUUUUGAAGGGACAACUGAGGCAAUCAAGGUCACUGUUGGGUAAAAAUGUUUCCAUUCCUUCCCGGUACAGUAGUUCAGAGCAGGAUAGCAUUGUUAAGAUGUUAAUGGCAUUUAGCCUUCUAUGCAUAAAUAGUUUACUAGUAGAAUGUGUUGCUUCUAGCCCUGUGUUAUAGGUGCCUAUACCUAAAAUCAGCAUCUAAUGAAACAGAUCUAGAGACGUUUUGUGAAGGCAUUGUUGCCUUGCAGAGUUAAAUUGCAGAGGCUUCCUUUUUUGUGCCAAGGAAGCCCUAGGGUCCCGAAUAGCAAUCCUUAAUUCUUAUUUGUCAUCUCUCUUCUUUGGGUAUGUGUGAUUUUGGCCUAGUGUAAUUUUAUUUGUUUUGGUUUUUUAAAGCGUGCCUUGUCUUUGCUCCAAGUGCAAUUAAUAUAUUCCAGCACCAAAUUAUCAUUUAUUUAUGUCAAAAUCUUUGCACCCCCAAGCCAGUAUGAAUGUAAGCCCUCUUUGGUCUCUGUCAUGUGUAUAUUUUCAUGUACAUGUGCCUGCCCAGCUCCUUCAGAGGGAGCCUGAGAAAAGUGUGCCUCUGUCAGACUAAGGGCAGGGAAAUGAACUCCAGCAUUAAGAGCCCUCAGUGCCACUGUCUCUGUCUCCUUCAAACCUGGGUGCAGUUGGUUCAGGUGACUCAGCUGAUUUCAACCGCUGUGGUAUCACAUGAGAAGAGAGGGGAAGAAGAGGUCACUAAAGGAGCCAAGAUGGAAACCACUGGAACUUUCCUGGUCAAUCCAACAUCUCCAGUUCAAACAGAAAUGAAUUGGAAGCCAGUGUAAACUCCAGAGCACAAGUAUAAUAUCUUCUGCAUGAAGCGCUCUUAAGGAUGCAGGCAGCCACGUGCAUAGUGAAUUUUGGUCUGCCUAGAGAAGGCCUAAGGCCUCUUAGCCAUCCUUAGUUAGUUGGUUAGUCAUUCAGAUUGUCUUAAUGCCAUAGGUUUUUCAAAAUAACAGCAUCUUUAACAAUAUAGUUCUUGAUUUUCUAUUUCCUCCCAAUUAAUCAAUGUGAGUUUGAGCCAUUUCCUCUACUGAAAUUGAAUAACAGUUCCCAAAUGCCACUGGGUUCCCAUCAACAACCCUCAUAAGUCAAUGGGCAGAACUUGGCUGGUCAAUUUAUGCUCUCAGGCUUUCCGUUAAAUAAAGAACACAUUCAAAGCUGUAAAAAUCUCUCAAAAGGGAGGAAGGAAUGUGCCAGGAGUUUAAAGUCAUGUAUAGAAUUCUUAUUCUGUUUUCAUAUAAUUGAAUAUUCAAGCUCUAUGAUAAGACUGGUAAUUCCAGCAUGCCACUAGGUGCUGCUGUUGUUUU